AUGGACUCCGACGCCUCCCACGGCGAUCGGGGCAAGGCGCAUGCGCAUGACGGUGCGCGGUCGUUCCAGGUCGUGGUGGCGGCGACGCCGGAGAUGGGCAUCGGGCAGGGCGGGCAGCUGCCGUGGAAGCAUCUGCGGCGGGACAUGGCGUUCUUUAAGGAGGUGACGUCAUCCACGAGUCGCGCCGGCACUCGGAACGCGGUGCUCAUGGGUCGGCGCACGUGGGAGUCCCUGCCGCCCCGCUUCCGACCGCUGCCGGGCCGGCUGAACGUGGUGCUCACGCGCUCAGGGCAGCUGCCCGCCACGUGCUCCGACGGCGACAGCUCAGCCGGGGCCGGCAGCGGUGGCGGCGGCGCGCAGCAGGACGUGGUGGUGGCUGACAGCCUGGCGGCGGCGCUGCUGAUGCUGGGCACGGAGCCGCACAAGUCGAGCAUUGAGAGCGUGUUCGUCAUCGGCGGCGGGCAAGUGUUCAGCGAGGCACUGUCGUCGCCGCUGUGCGAGGCCAUCCACCUCACCCGCGUGCGCCGCCUGCUGCCCGCUGAACGCACCGCCCUUGGUGGCGCAUGUGGCGGAGCUUCUGACGCGGCAGAAGGCGAGGAGGUGAUUCCGUGCGACACGCACAUGCCCGCCAUCGACCCCUCCGCGUUCCGCGUGUGGCGCGCGUCCCCUCCCUUCAACGACAACGGUUACUCCUGCGCCCUCCUCACCUACGUUCGCACCUCCACCCCGUCCCAGCCCACCCCCCCGGCCUCCUCCUCCCCUGCACCGCCUCUGGCAGCAGCCGCGCAAUGCGAGAGCGACAGCAGGGCCGCGGCAGCAGGCGAGGAUGGGGGCAGUGGCAGGACUGGCGAGGAGGCGAGUGCAGGCGCAGGGAGGAAGCAGCGGGCAGAGGGAGCAUGGAUGCAGUUGGCGGCGAGAGUGCGGGAGGAGCACGAAGAGUACCAGUACCUGCAGCUCAUUCAACGCAUCCUGGAUGAUGGCGUGCCCAGGGCCGACCGCACAGGCACCGGCACUCUCUCACUCUUUGGCUGCCAGAUGCGCUUCAACCUUCGCCACACCUUCCCUCUCCUCACCACCAAGAGAGUGUUUUGGAGGGCAGUGGUGGAGGAGCUGUUGUGGUUCAUCCAUGGGUCCACCAAUGCCAAGCUGCUGCAAGACAAGGGCGUUCACAUCUGGGAUGGCAAUGCGUCCCGCUCCUACCUUGACAGCUUGGGUCUGAGUGAUCGCGAGGAGGGCGACCUGGGACCUGUCUAUGGCUUUCAGUGGCGCCACUUCGGAGCCAGGUACAAGGACAUGCAUGCGGACUACAGUGGGCAGGGAGUGGAUCAGCUGGCGGAUGUGAUUCAGCGCAUCAAGGCCAACCCCAAUGACCGCCGCAUCCUCAUGAGUGCAUGGAACCCUCCCGACCUGCCACACAUGGCCCUGCCGCCAUGCCAUGUGCUGGCUCAGUUCUAUGUGGCACGGGGCGAGCUCUCCUGCCAGCUCUACCAGCGCUCAUGUGACAUGGGACUGGGUGUCCCCUUCAACAUCGCCUCCUACUCUCUCCUCACCCUCCUCAUAGCUUCAGUGUGCGGAUUGCAGCCUGGUGAGUUGGUGCAUGUGCUGGGCGAUGCGCAUGUGUACUCCAACCACAUAGAGCCUCUCAAACUGCAGCUCCAGAACACUCCUCGCCCAUUCCCG